AUGGGUGGUUCCCGGUUUACAGUGACACUGAAGGAAUUCAAGCUUUUCCAUGGGAUCGACAGAUCACUGUAUGUUAUUCUCAUCAGGGAUCUGCUGCGCGAUCCCUUGGAGUGCCUGUACAUAUUGGGCUUGUGGCUAUGUUCCCUUUCUCAUCUCUCCCCUUCUCGUGGCAAGGGCAAGGCCACCAAUGAGGUGUCCCGGAACGAGAGGACAAUGUUUGUCACCUUCUCCAAAGGCUACCCAGUGAAUGAGUACGAGGUGAAGCUGUUCUUCGAAAGGGUUUUUGGGAACUGCAUCGAGUCGUUCCACAUGCAGGAAGUGAGCAACCCCGAGGAGCAAUCUCUGUAUGCCAAAAUCGUGUUCCUGAGGCCAGCGUUCAUUCGUGCUAUUCUCAACGGUGCGAUGAAGGCCAAGUUCACCAUCAAUGGCAAGCAUGUCUGGAUGAGGAAGUUUGUGCCUAAGAACAACAGGCACUCGCCUUCUGGCUCCCCAAGCGUUGGCUCCCCAAGCGUCGGCCCGAGUCACUCUUUCUUCUGAUGUAAUAACCUAUGAAACAAUAUCUAUCUUUGGUUAGAUAGAUACAGGGUCUCCUUCUAGUGUCUUGUCUUUGUUGUGUCUGUUUAUGUUGUGUCUGUUUAUGUUGAGUCUGUUUAGUGUCGUUCAAUUUCUAAAGUCUGAGUCAUGUUCGAGUCCGGUGAAUAAACUCACUGCCAUAGUCUGCUUUCAUGAGUCUUGUAACAAAUCCUUCUUAGUAAUAUAUGGCAAUGCGUCUUUGUUUUUAUAA